UUUGGCGCCAUAUAACCUAUACUGUGUUGGUGCGCCGUAAAACCCAAAAUAAAUAAAUAAAUAGAGUACAUGUUUUACACAACUAUGCAUGCUAUUUGCACUAAAUGCAAUCAUUACCGUGUUUACAAAAGGAAAAAAAUGAUUGCAGCGAGGACUAAAUUUGCAGAUCUGAAUUGCAGCCGGGACCGGGGUUCCAGUUGCAUUCGCACGGCAAUUGAAUAUUCUGGUUGUGUUUUUAUCCAGAAUCUGCAACGGACCUCGCAUUCAACUAUUUCUUUCAGCUUUUAAUAUACUGACAUUUGUGUAAAAUGAACUGCAAACAGGAGAGAUAUUUGCAUACAUUGGUUUAUAUCAUAUAAGUAACAUCAGGGCGUCAAUUAAAUAUGUUUUAGGACUUAAGAAAAUUAGUAUUAUCUGUAAACAAUUUGUUAAAAUAUGUCAUUUAAAUAUACAACAAAGUAAUUAUAAGACAUGAAAUAUGUAUUUUUACCGAUUAAAUGUGUACACAUUACUCUGGUAUGCCAUACCGGAUCUAUAAUGAUAUCGUAUAUCGCUUUAAAUGCGUUUUUUGUUCUGUAUGGUUAUUUUGUUGAACUGGGGACAUACUUUGUAUAUAAAGGUACUAUUAGGACAUAAUAUGAGGAAGGCUAUAGUAGCAGAGACGAAUUAAAUUUAGAAUGGCGUCUGUACUGCCAAUCUCUCUUACACCAUCAGAAGAGAAGGCAUACUGCUUCCGGCUUUUAUCUCUGAUUGUAGACGGCGGGACAUUGGUCUUACGUCACAGAUUUGAUCUAGCCAUUCCACCAAACCACUUACAGAACACAUUGAACGAUGUCAACACACGUAGUAAACUACAUAACUUGUUCAAGAAAAAGGUCUUAACACAAGGACAGUGGCAUGUUCUUUAUCCGGCAACAGGUCAGCCUAACUCGGCAAAGUUUGAUGUUUCUCUGCUCGUGUGUUUGCUGAGAUAUAUCUGUGGUCUGAAUGAGGUCUCGAACGUAUGGACAUCUGUCCCUCCUUCUUUUGACACAUCAACAGAAGCGGACAUCACACGACUAAGACAGUACAGAAAUGAGAUAUCACAUUUGAAAUCAAUUUCAUUGAACAAGCAAGACUUUCAAAGGAAGUGGAACAAAAUAGAACAGGUGAUUACACGUCUAGGUGCAGGAAUACCAAACUUAUAUCAAGACAUUCAGAGGUUGAAAGAUGAUAGUAUAGAUCCAGCGAAAGAACAUGAUUAUCAAGAAAAGAUAAAAGAGUGGGAGGAAAUGGAUAAAUCACUGCAAGAAGAAAUUGCUCACAUCCAGACUGACCUGCAAGAAUGCAUUGCAAAUGUAGAUAAUAUUAAAGAGUCUUUAGAAGACAACCACAGCCGUUUAAAUGAAGUACAGAAGCAAACCUUCGAGAACACUAACACGAUUAAAAUUCAGGCCCAGAAGCAAGAAACAGGCAUUUCAAAAGUCGAGAGUUUGGAGACAGAUGUACUUGCUCAUGAAACGAAACUAUCUAAAGUUGAAACAAAGCAGACAGAUCUUGAAGAGAUGACUAAGAAAAAUACAGAAUGUUUUGAAGAACACCAAAGUAUUAUCUACCAACGUAUCCAGUCUUCUGAGUCUAAAGUAGAUAGUAUCGCAACUGAUGUAUGUUCGCUACAGUCAAAAGUACAAGAAUUAUCAGUGAGCGAAACCUCAGCGAUUUCUUCUGAAGUAACUAGAAUUGCAUCAGUCACAAACGUAUGGUUAAGAGACCUUGAACGUGAUGAAGUCUAUGUUACCACUCACGCACAUAGGACUGCAAUGGAAAAAUUGAACCGCACUGGCUGCCUGAUAUUAAGCGGACUUCCCGGAGAAGGAAAGACCACUAUGGCCACAAAACUACUGUCAGAAAUAACAGACCAAGAACAUUGUUUAAAAUUAAGUGAGCCAUCGCACUGGAAUAAGUUAACACUGAACGAGGAGAAGCCCCUCAUAAUUUUCAUCGACGACAUAUUUGGUGCAGGAGCUUUAAACGAAAGCUUAUUAGAAGAAUGGUCACGACGCUUACCAGAUAUUGAAAAGGCGAUUAAAGCUCAAACAGUGAAAGCAAUAAUUACAACACGUCAUUAUAUCUUAAAGGAAGCAAAAGAAAAACUAAGACAUUUGACCAUACUUAAAGACGACAAUGUUCAAAUACUAGCAUCUUACGAUCUUUCGAAUGCUGAGAGAACAGAAAUACUUGAAAAGCACCUAAAGUAUGCAAAGAAAGAAUUCGAUUCAACUCUGAUAACAGAAUGUAACCAGAUUUACACCAGUGAAUCUGCAUUUAUUUCCAGGCUGUACGAUGUGCCAUCAGAUUUUGAGGAUUUCUUUCGAGGAAAUAACUCUAGACAUAAAUCAAUGAUAGGAUUUCCGGAAAUCGUCAGCCUUUUUGUUCGAAAUGAACACCUAUUCAACCAAGGUGCUUAUUUCUUCGGUGAACCAUUCUUGUUUUUCAAAAAGUGCAUAGAAGAAUUAUUUCUAGACGAAGAAAAGUUUCUGGCCUUAAUACUUGUUUGGGCGAGUCAUGAGAAGAAGUUAAAGAGGAAAGACGUUGAACCACCUGAUACUUCAGACGAAAUAAAAAUGGCAGCGUCGAAAUUUGGCAUAAAUCUGGAACACAAGACAACAAAAACUCUUCGCAAGUCUCUGAAAUACCACGAAGAUGGAUUUUUGCGAUUUGAUCCCUAUAAUGGUACAUAUUAUUUCAGCCACAAUAGUGUAAAAGAUAUGGUUGGACUUGUUGCGGGCCAGGAAUAUACAAGCGCAGUACUAGAAUUCGCGGAUAAUGAAUUUUUGAAACAGUUUGUAACAACAGAUGAGACUAAAAAUGAUGGGCUUCAUAUCUAUGUGGAACAGUUCAGAUACAAGGAACUCCAUUUGGCAAUAUGCAGAGCAUUGGCCCCGAAAGUAUUAUCUGAAGGUGAAUUCAAAAAAGGAGAUGGACAAAUUGAAAAGAAAUUUGGCUUUGGGUUGUAUCGUACUUAUGAAAAAAAAAAUGAGAUAUCAAUGAAUACGUCUGUUUUGAAACAUGAUUGUUUCAGCAAUAAUGAUUUUGUCAGUCAAUUUUGUAAAAGCGAAGAAGGAAAAUAUAUGUUCUCAAAACCCGUUGAUGCCUUGCCUAAAAUGUGUUUGGACAGGAACUGUGAUAUUGAUUUAGGAGAAGAAAUUACAGUGUACUUGCCGUCACUUGGACUUCUCUACGACAGUUCCCUUCUUCUAAAAGAAGUUUUCAAACAGAAUUUACAUCAAUGUAUAAACACAACAGAAUUCUUGCAAUCAACAUUACUGAUAGCAUCGCAUGAAGGAUUAAAAGAUGUCAUUGAAAUGUUGUUACAGCACUCCGCCACCGUAAAUGAAGACGCGAUUUAUUUUGCAGCUGCAAAGGGGCACAGUGGAAGUCUUGAAUAUUUGCUUAAAAAUUAUACUGGAAAUUGUAUAGAUUGUCCUAACAGCAUAAACAAAAACAGUCCACUUAUUGCAGCAUCUAAAUAUGGCGCUGUUGAAUGUAUGAAGUGCUUACUUCGUCAUGGUGCCAGUAUCAACUACAGGAAUAAAAACGGUUGGUCGGCACUGGAUAAAGCCGUCCUUUAUCGACAGCCAGAUUCGUGUAAACUACUUUUAGAAAAUAAAGCUCGUGUCAAUUGCAAGGCAGGGAAGUUUAAGCGAACACCACUGCACAUGAAUGCUGAUGUCGGAGACGAAAAUAUAACAAAGCUAUUACUACAACAUGGAGCAUCAAUAAAGGCGAAGGAUUACAGAGGUCAUUAUCCAAUACAUUGCGCAGCUUUCAGUGGAGAAAAUAAAAUUGUAGACAUUUUACUGAAAGCAGACGAAACUAAAGUGACACUAAAGAAUCGCAUAUCCUAUGGUAAAGCUUCUGUCAUCAAGGGUGCUAGCCUGUAUCAUGUUGCCGUUUGGAAAAAGAAUGUUGAUUUGAUAGACAUAUUGAUACAAAAUAAAUUGUGUCCAAACAUUCGUGAUGCCUAUGGAAGAACACCCCUUUACCUAGCCGUAUAUGGACGGGAAAAUAAGAAGGAUGAGAAUGACGAGAGAUAUACGAUGCAGAGGGCACAACUGGAAAGAGAGCUGCAGAUUAAAGUUAUAAAAAAGCUUUCUGUACAUUCAGAUGUCCAUAUAUCCGAGAAAGAUGGAUACACCCCUUUACAUGCUGCGGUUCACAAGGGUCAGAUAGAAAUUGUCAAAUUGUUAGGCCCGAUUGCUGACGUAAAUGCGCAAGACAAAUACGGAAAAACUCCGCUGCAUACAGCUUGUGAUCAGAUGAACCUAGAUAUAUUUAAGAUCCUUGUAGAAGAUUUAAGAGCCGAUUACUGCAUGCGUACAAAGUCCGGCCGAACAAUAUUUGAUAUCUUAGCAAUCAAGACCGAAUGGAGAUAUGUAAGAAGACGAUACCAGAAUGGAAAAUCUGUAACAAAAUAUAUGAUUGAAUAUCCGCGAUUCAAAUCUUUCAGAGCCAUUAUUGCAGUAAAAGAUCCUGACUUUCUGAAACAAGUUUUAUGGAAUAUAGAUACAUCAGAUACGAUCGAACCGAACAAGAGGAGGAGUAUAAAUAUGUGGAUGAUGAUCAACGAGAUGCGGGGAAAUGAAGAUGUAGACGAAGGCGAACAAGCUGAGGAAAAGGAAAAUGUACAUCAAGGCGAACAAGCUGAGGAAAAUGAAAAUGUACAUCAAGGCGAACAAGCUGAGGAAUAUGGAAAUGUACAUCAAGGCGAACAAGCUGAGGAAAAGGAAAAUGUACAUCAAGGCGAACAAGCUGAGGAAAAUGAAAAUGUACAUCAAGGCGAACAAGCUGAGGAAUAUGGAAAUGUACAUCAAGGCGAACAUGCUGAGGAAAAUGAAAAUGAAUAUCAAGGCAAACAAGCUGAGGAACAUGGAAAUGCACAUCAAGGCGAACAAGCUUAGGAAAAUG